UUGGCAGAGUAAGAGAAGAAGUAGGACCAUGGCAACGGUAAAAACAAAGAUGGCGGCUUUAGCAGCAGUGUUAUGGUCCUCCUCAAACCUCUUUAGUUUUUUUCUCUUACUUUCUACAGUCACCUCAAACGAAAAUACAACAAGCUUUAACUUGAAUACAACUGUGCUCGGUGACAGGAACGUAACAUUUGACGCUGCUGAAAAUGAUACGACUUCACAGCCGACAGAGUUUGACUCUUUAACCACACACAAUACAACACCGACCCUCAGCAGCCCCGAGGAAGAGCCCGUCCAACCGACCCUGUCCCCCGAGGAGGAGCCCGUCCAGCCGACCCAGUCCCCCGAGGAGGAGCCCGUCCAGCCGACCCUGUCCCCCGAUCCGCUGCCUGUCAACGGACUCCUGCUCUCUCCUGUCACUGAUGUCGACAGGUUGUGUCCCUGUGACAAACACAAGGGUGUUUGUGAUGUUAACUGCUGCUGUGACAGAGACUGCAGUGAGGAGGUGGCUCUGUUCACCAGCUGCUCAGUGGAGACCGUCAGUGGAAACAAGCAGCUGUGCAGUCGCAAUGUAGCGUCCUACUCUUUACGGACUAAGAUAGAUGGAUUCUCAGAGAUCCGGUCUUCUGUCAAGAAGGAGACUAGUUAUGACAUCUUCUGCAUACAGUCACAAAACCGUGUUGAUGGGUUCUCUCAUCCCUCACCUACUCUUCCAACUGACGGCAACUUUGACUCCCUCUUUGACAAAUUUACCCGCUUUAUUUUUGGCUCAGAGGAGAGGAGCAGCGAGUCGUCGUCUGCAGAGCUGCAGGCAUCGUCUGGAUACCAGUAUGGAGACGUGAUGGCGACAGUGGCACAGGGUGGACAGAGAGAGAUGUUCAUGCUGCCAGCUCCAGGAGUCACUGCUGAGUGUGUGGACAACAGUCCUGCAGCAUUUCUAAAGGAUCAGAGCAGUCGGUGCUCCCAGCAGGUGGUCCUGGAUCAGGACUGCAGCAGUCUGCCGGCCCUCAGUAUGGACACCUACACAAACAUUCAGCUGUUAUCUGGGAAGAGCGAGGAUGCAGCAGUUGUUCCUGUGGAGGUGGCUUCGCUCGUCCUGCAGUCUGUAGAUGGGACUCAGUCUGAGCUUCAGAUCAGUGGUGGUGAAAACUUCAGCCCAGUUCUGCUGAAUCCAACCCUCUGCGCUAACGUGGUGCUGAAGGUUGUUUACACGAUGAAGUACAGCCCAUCUGGUGAGAUUGGGAAUGUGACGGUGUCUCUGGUGCUUGGAUUUGUCAGUGAAGCUGCGCUGACCCUGGAGCAGGAGUUUCAUAUCACAUUUGUCCAGGAGGACAAGGAGGAGGCUGCUGUCCAGUUCAGUGGGAAUCCAGGCUAUGUGUUUGGACUUCCUCUUGUGUCUGGAACAAAAACAGCAGAUGGGAUUUCUAGAAGCAUCAACCCCAGAGACACCCUGUCGCUCCUCCACAGCACUCAGGACCAGGACUGUCUGCGAGGGCGGCAUCAGCGCUCUCCGGUCCUGUUCGGUGUGGACUCAGUGUCGGGCUGCACAUUAAGACUGGAGGACGCUGCAAACUGCUCCCAGGUCUAUCAGGUGCUUCUGGACGUUCUGAGAGGACCAAACUAUCCUCAGUAUGUGGCUUCAUUUGGAAACUCCCCGUUAGACUCUCCGCUGGACUGGGUGCCCAUCAAGAGCAACUUAAAUCCUGGGGAGGCACAGAGCUGCAGCGUCCCGUUGUCUCUUCAUUUAAAAAUUGAAUGGACUAAAUACGGAUCCUUGGUGAACCCUCAGCCUCAGAUUGUGAGCAUCGAAGAAAUCAUCCAGACCAACAGCAGCAGUUUGGCCCUGCUCUCUGCAGGCAGCACCAUCCUGUCAGUCAGCAGCUCAGUGAGCUUCACACCUGUGUCUGCACCUGCUCUUCCUGGUUACAGAGCCACGCCCACCAUCGAUGCCAAACUGCCCUUUGAUUUCUUCUUCCCUUUUGUCUGAACAUGUGUGUUACUGUGUGUUUUGUGUAAAUAAUGUAAAUACAAGUUUUUUAAGAUUAUUUAAUAAAUGUUUUUUUAAUAAAUGAAA